GACGUAUGCACAUGCGCCGCUGUCGCAGGAGCAAAUGGUAACAACUGCGCUGUGUUUAGAUGGAGAUCAAAGAAGCUGGAUUUUUCGUGAUAUCGACAGCGACAAGAAAAACCGGGACAGCCCUGAUUUAACCAAAAAAAAACCAAAACAUGCAAUCAAGAUUUGUUUGCAUCUGCAGCCUGAUAGGCGGUCGUCCUAUCAUCGCCAUUGCUAUGUAGCUGAUGUAAGCAGAGGCGCCUCAAGCAAACAACAAACCUGCUCCGGUGUUUGGUCCUGCUUUGUGUUUUGCAGUUUCUCCUGGAAUGCAUCUCUCCAAGAAAUGUUCCGCAUUCAAAGUGGUGCUGAGUGCUCUGCUGAUCGUGGCGCUCCUGCAGCUCAUUUACCUGUCCUUCCUGUCCAGGUUUCACGGUAAGCAGCAGCGGUACCGGUACUCGGAGCUCUUCGGAGGCUCUGGGGGUAAGAAGAAUGCGCACGCCGAGAAAAACUCACGCAAAGAGCGUCUGAGGUACUCUCUGUCCACUGGGGGGAUCUUUGACAACAGUGGUCAGUACCGGGUCUACAAGAACUUGAUCAAAAGCGAUUACACCACUGACCAGAAACCAGGGUCGGCGCCCAGCUCCAAUGUCCUGGCUUUGGGAACACACACAACCAUCAACAACCUGCAUCACCUGGAGUCUCUUCUGCAGCGGUGGCAGAACCCUCUCUCUGUGGCGAUAUUUGCACACGGGCAAGAUGUUAAGUUUGCCACAGCUCUGGUCUACGCGCUCAGCUUCUUCUGCCCUCAGAUUCAGGCCCUGGUGGACUUCCACUUGGUGUGCCUGUCAGGAGAGAUGGCCAGCUUCCCCGAGCAGGACCGCGAGCACUUUGCGGGUCUUGAGGACUGCGCUUCUGUGUUCUCCAGGCUGGAGACCUACAGGGAUAAACACAAGAACUACGCCAUCAGCGGAAACGUCUCCUACCCCAACAACCUUCUGCGCAACGUCGCCAGAGGAGGCAUGGAGUCCUCCUUCAUGCUGGUCAUCGACAUCGAUAUGAUGCCGAGCGCCGACCUGCACCAGAACUUCCUGGACAUGAUCAAGAAGCGUCAGCCGACGAGCGAGGAGGUGUUCGUCCUGCCCGCCUUCGAGAUCCGUCACGCCCGGAAAUUGCCGGGCACCAAGGAGGAGUUGGUCCAGCUCUAUCAGGUGGGAGAGGUCCGGCCGUUCUAUGAAGAGCUGUGUCCUCGCUGUCAAGCCCCCACUAACUACUCACGCUGGGUCAACAGCCACGUCAGAGACACGGGCACCUUGGAGGUGGCCUACACGCUCGCCUGGGUGGACCCCUGGGAGCCUUUCUACAUCGGGCCCCGCACCGUGCCGCUCUAUGACGAGAACUUCAAGCAAUACGGCUUCAACAGAAUCAGCCAGGCCUGUGAGCUCCACGUGGCCGGGUACAGGUUCUCGGUGCUGAGCACGGCCUUCGUGGUGCACCGCGGCUUCAAGAUCCAGGGGGAGUUCCACGCCAAGAAGGACGAGGAGAACAAACAUAACAGGGUCCUGUUUCGCAGCUUCAAAGAGGGUCUGAAAACCAAAUACCCCUCCUCCAACAGACGCUGCUGAGUUGGACUAGGACUCCAAACCAAAGUGGUUUUCAGCUGAAAUGAUGGACGCAGGUUUUUUUCUUAAUUCAGCCCGAUUUAGCUCCCAGACAGGCUCUCCCUGUCCAACAUGUCCUACUUUCUCUGUGACUCCUUUUGAUGAUGGCGCAGUAGUUUAAUCUCAUCAGACUCUUGGGUUUAUUUCAAGACCGUCUGACAAAAAGCAGCAGGAAAACGUUCUCUCGGGGGGAUUUGUUACAGCUAGUUGCUUAAAGGAAAAAUGAUCAUUCAAAGCUGGAAAACCGUCCGGCUGCAACUCAUGAGACUUCUUUAAAUCAAACGCAAAUAUAAAGUGAAGUUGGCAUUUGAUCGACUUGUAUUCAAAGGCAAAUGAGGUAGCUUUCCUAUUUUAAAGUUUCUUAAGGUAUAAAAAUAGACUAAACUGUGACUUUUAGACUGUGUACAUAUCCACUCAGAGUCAUAUCUUUAAAAACUUAAUCCUAAUUUCAAUAUGUAACAUGAUGUAUAGAGUUCAACAUUUCAUGACAGCUGAUCAAGCAUCUCCUAGUUCCCAAAAGUCCAGCUGAAAUCGCAUUUAGUCAUUUCAUUAGGUGUUUUCAGACCAAACAGUUCUGGGGACUUUUUGAGGAGGAACUAUCCAUACAGUACACACCAUGGUACCUACUCUGAAGCAGGAGCUAAAAAAGGUUCCUCUAAACGUGUUCUAGGAACUUAAAUAGUUCCUAGCUCCCUGCGUUUAGAAAUCAAUAAAAAAAAAGGUGGGGGGGCUUCCAACAGUUCCUAGAACUAUGAAAAUUUCCUGUGGUAAGAAAACGCAUUUUGAGCAGAAAUAUUUAGAAAAAUUAAGAAAGAUGUUUUUUUUCUGUCUCAAAGGUAGAACUUCAAAGUUAGUGCUUCAUGCAAUCAUGUUUUAGGUUAAGACUUCUGCAAAAGCAAGAGAUGAACUAUGGAUUAUUGGCUGGUUAAUGGAAAGAAAGGGGAGCACAACUAUCAUGCUGAAGAAAAAAAGAAGCCAUUUAAUCUGGUGAACGUCUCGCCCGUUUUUAGACAUUUUUUAUAUAAAUAAUAAAGUAAAACAAAAAGGAUAAUGAUCAGGUUGACCAUAAACCCUGUUUUGACUUUUUAGUGUGAUUUUCAACCAGAACCUCAGUAGGUGUUUUUUUUUUUCUUUUCAUGUCGUGCUGAUCAAUUACACGCUUUGACCAGCAGAGGGCAACAGACACUUGAGUGUCGAGUGCAGGAAAGGGAUUACACAACACCAGUGAUGUUUUAGCUUUGAAGAGGGACUAACUGACUCUGAGCCACAACUGUCAGCACAUUUCAGACAUGUUCAGCACCUGUAUCGGAUUGUUCUGGCCUUGAACCGUUUGAAGGAUCGCUCCGUUAUCCAUGCAAACAAAGCACUGAGAACAUUUUUUGAAAUGAUGUAGUUUAAUGCCAAAUCUGUGCAAGUCUGCUGCACUAUAACACUGAGGAUCGGACACAAGUAAUCAAUGGAUUAUGUAGUUGCUGCUGUUGGUUUUAACAGGCCUGUGGGGUAGAGGUAGAAAUGUAGCAUGUAGGUGGAGACAGAAAUAAAAGCGCACAAUCAACAUGUAAACUACAAGCAGAGAGAGGGGCCGCCUGUGGACUGCAGAAGAACCGUUUAUCUCAACAUGUUUAGAGAACACUACACUUUAUUCUUUCACCUACAGGUACAUAUUGAACAUGCAGUAUUAAAACCUUGACGACCACUUCUUCCUGUCUGUUUAGUUCAGGUGAUUCACACUGCUGCAGGUAUGCACACACAGCAUCUGUUUUAACUUAUUUGAAUCGUUUUCUGUCCUCACUUGUUGUUGUGUUUAUGGUAUAUUUAUUGCAAAUGUUAUCUUUUAAAUGGAACUUUAAAAAAAAUACAUGUUUUAUUGAACCUGAGCUGGAGAACUGUAGCACAACAUUGUGUUGGAACCACUUUCACACCCCUUUAGUCUGCUGUGUGUCGGAGUGAUAUCACUUUUUAAAUAUUGUUUUGACAACUUGUGGUGAUGUUUCUCUCUCUUCCAUCUGUUCCCCGACUUGGAAAAAGUUCAUAUUUAUUUUGUAUGCGUUUGUUUUUGACGAGUUCAAAUGCCUGAUUUGUUUGUUGGGAAUUUCUAUUAAAAGUACUGGAUGACCUUUAUGUGACCCACAA